GUCUAUCGUGCUCCAGUAAUGAAUUACGGUGCCCCUUCAUACCCCCAGACGCCAUUAGUGGUCUAUCCUACACCACUUCAAUACGCACCACAACAACCGGUCUAUCGUGCUCCAGUAAUGAAUUACGGUGCCCCCUCAUUUCCACAGAUGCCAUCAGUGGUCUAUCCUCCACCACUUCAAUACGCAUCACAACAACCAGUACUACCAAUUAUUCGUCCACUACCACCUCCACCGCCGCUGCUUCGACCUCCUCCACCGCCUCCACCGCAUCAUCCUAUUACCUAUGUGGCUCAGCCCAACAUAAACCAAGCCUAUGGAGACUACGUUGGACCUGCACUACCUCCUCAAUCGCCUCCGCCACCAGUCUACAUCACUCCCGCUCCAGUCUAUGUCACAACGCCAUCA